CUCCACUCAACACUCCUCUUCAUCACAGUCCUUGCACAUCCACAAGGACAUCCCCCCUCUUCUUCUUUUCGGUUCGGCUACUGACUCCCGUGGAAAGUCGCCAAAAUGGGUUUCCGACUUCUCGAGCUCGUCCGCCCGUUCAUGAGCAUCCUCCCAGAGGUCACUGCUCCUGAGCGCAAGGUCACUUUCCAGCACAAGGUCCUCUGGACCGCUACCACGCUCCUUAUCUUCCUCGUGAUGGCACAGGUCCCCCUCUACGGCAUCAUGUCGUCCGACUCUUCGGACCCGCUGUACUGGCUCCGUGUCAUUCUCGCCUCCAACCGUGGUACCCUCAUGGAGCUCGGUGUCACCCCCGUCGUCACUUCGGGCAUGAUCAUGCAGCUCCUCGCCGGUGCCCAGCUCAUUGAGGUCGACUUCAGCCUCAAGGACGACCGUGCCCUCUUCGGCUCGGCCCAGAAGCUCUUUGCCCUUAUCAUCGCUCUUGGCCAGGCUACCGUCUACGUCCUCAACGGCCUCUACGGCCAGCCCUCGUCGCUCGGUCUCGGUGUCUGCCUCCUGCUCAUUCUCCAGCUCGUUGCCGCUGCCCUCAUCGUCAUCCUCCUCGAUGAGCUCCUCACCAAGGGCUACGGUCUCGGCUCGGGUAUCUCGCUUUUCAUUGCUACCAACAUUUGCGAGUCCAUAGUCUGGAAGGCCUUCUCGCCCAACACUGUCAACACUGGCCGUGGCCCCGAGUUUGAGGGUGCCGUCAUUGCCCUCUUCCACCUCCUCUUCACCUGGAACGACAAGACCCGUGCCCUCAAGGAGGCCUUCUACCGCGAGAAGCUCCCCAACAUGAUGAACCUGCUUGCGACCAUUGCCGUCUUCGCCGUCGUCAUCUACCUCCAGGGCUUCCGCGUCGAGAUCCCCAUCAAGUCGUCCAAGAUGCGUGGCCAGCGUGCUACCUACCCCAUCAAGCUCUUCUACACCUCCAACAUGCCCAUCAUGCUCGAGUCGGCCCUCACCUCGAACGUCUUCCUUGUCAGCCAGAUGCUCUUCAACCGCUUCCCUGACAACCUCCUCGUUCGUCUCCUCGGUGUCUGGGACUCGCCCGACGGCUCGGCCCAGCUCUCGGCCGUUUCGGGUAUCUCGUACUACAUGUCGGCUCCUCACAGCAUCACCGACGCCCUUUCGGACCCCUUCCACACGGUCGUCUACCUCACCUUCAUCGUCACCGCCUGCGCCAUCUUCUCCAAGACCUGGAUCGAGGUCUCGGGCUCGGGCCCCCGUGACGUUGCCAAGCAGCUCAAGGACCAGAACAUGACCCUCGCCGGCCACCGCGACGCCUCGAUCUACAAGGAGCUCAAGCGUAUCAUCCCCACUGCUGCCGCUUUCGGUGGUGCCACCCUUGGUCUCCUCUCGUUCGCCGCCGACAUGAUGGGCGCCAUUGGCUCUGGUACCGGUAUCCUCAUGGCCGUCACCAUCAUCUACGGCUACUUCGAGCUCGGCUUGAAGGAGCAGGCCGGCCUCGACGCCGGUGGCUUCCAGGACAUGCUCUUCUAAGUGAGAGGAUGGACAAAACUGCCCUCGUCGGCGCAUCAGCACCGACUUGAGCGUCCGCCUGGCAACAGGCGAGGGGAGGAGAGGCGACAAAGGAGGAGGAUGAAAUCUGGUGCCAGACAUGGUGACCCUGGCCCGGCACAACCACGCUGCAACCCCCAACGCAGCGUGCAUCACAAACCAACACACAUAGGAGGAAGUAUAGCACAGGAGAGAACGAGAAGAAGAGUCCAAAAAGGUUUCACUAGCACAUUCGACUCAGCAUCUAUUCUCUAUUCUUGUUAACCCCAUAUGCAACAGCGUGUGGCGAGA